AUGCCCGAGACACCAUAUGUGACGAUACGGUCGAGGCAAACAGUAGGAGGAGGCAGCGGCUUGCAGACGACUAGCGUCGCUCCUAGGUCGGCAACUCAUGAUAUUAGUCGCACGAGCUAUCACGUUAAGCAUGUCGGCCACUUUGCGCAGACGUUAGAAGAGGCUGCGGCCAGGGCGUUUCCAAACCGUGGCCGGUCUACACAGAGAUACAAGAAGGUGCAGGCGUUACUCCUCCACUGGAGUACAGACGACCUCUUCGUACUUCCCGAACUCGAGGAUUUGGAAAAGUGCCUGCGAGAAGAUUAUGCCUUUGGAACCGACAUCUUUCCCAUCCCCGCCGACAAUGCCCACUUGGAACUUAUGAUGAGGAUCGGCCAGUUGAUCAAGGAGCAUGAGUCUACUGAUACCCUGUUUGUUGUGUACUACGGAGGACAUGCGAGGAUCGACGAGUCCAGGCAGAGCAGGUGGUGCGCAACGAGGAAUCCUGAUUCUCCUUGGUUACAAUGGUCUGCAAUUCAAACCCUCCUUGAGAGGUCAAUAUCAGACAUCCUCAUCCUUCUAGACUGCUGCGCUGGUGCCGCCAGCGCGACAUUCUCUACCGGCAACAGCAUAACCGAAACCAUCUCAGCUUCCAGUUGGGAUGCCAUUGCCCCUGAUCCCGGACGAUACUCCUUCACUAAUGCUCUAAUCGAAGUCCUCCAAGAGUGGCGGAUACGAACCUUUUCCGCGGCGAUGCUUCAUGCUGAAGUCCUCGCCAGGUUAAAACAUCCGCGUCCGAUCAUGAUCAAUGGAAAGUAUUUCGAGGCUCGAUCGACUCCCGUUCAUUUCAUGAUGACUUCAGAUCACAAGGCCCCUAGCAUAGAAAUUUCCCGCAUCGUUGCCUGUGAACCUGCUCUUCCUUCACCGCCUCAGCCACCUCAGAUAUCUCAGGUACCCCAACCAUCAUACGGUCAGCCCAUUCCCCGGCCGAGGACUCCAAUCACUCACGACCACACCUAUGCCGAUACCAGCUCUGACGAGAUCGUGGGCACUCCUGAGACUUGUAGUACCACGGAGAUCAGUAGCUUAUCUGAACCAAACGAAAACGUCCCGCAUGUCAUGAUUUCUCUUGCCCUUGAAGAUGACCAGAGGUUAGAUCUGAACGCUUGGGAGAGCUGGCUUACCAGUUUUCCUGCCCUUGCAAAAUACGUCAAGGUGCAAGGCGUCUUCAAGAGUCAUUCCACUCUCCUACUUGUCUCAAUGCCCGUGAUGGUAUGGGACCUUUUACCCGAAGACCAUGCCACAUCCUUCGUGGCCUUUAUCCGUUCCAACAACAUCGCCAUGCAACAGCCUCGGCGGGAACCCCUGCAGGCUGCUCAGUCAACCGCACAAGAAGGUCCAGCAAAUACCCGGCCACGGUCCGAGUUCUUUGACGACAAUACCACCAUAACCCCGUCAGUUGGGCCAAGCCUAAUCCGGGAAUACGAGCCCGUGCCCGAUGGUCGGGGCCAAACGGCUUACACAGGGCUACGGACGGUCCAGUCAACCAAGUCUCUCUCCUCCCUGCCUAGCCGAAUUCCGGGCUCUCUGACAGAUUUACCGGCGGGUAAUAUAUCGAGGACGUUGAUUUACAACCAGCAUCGGAGCGCGCGGAGAACAACGUUCGCCGACAAGGUCCCGGAGCCGCCGAACUUUGCUGUUCAUAUCGAGAACAGACUUGAGUAUUACUACCAGAGGAAUCAGCAUCCUAGCGAUGCUGAUAGGGAAUUUAUCGCAUCAAACUUGGGCAUCGAGACUACGCAUGUUGAAGCCUGGUAUCACUACCGCCGUGAGCGCGAUGUGGUGAGGCAGCAAUUAGAAGCAUUGAAGAUCGGUGACAGGCCUCCCGAACGGACAUCCAGUCUGCGGAUGAUUCUGCCGGGCCAUUUAAAUGACCUGCUGGAUAUUGCUCUACCUGGACAAGUCCUGCUGAUCGAUCUACGGACUGAAUCCGAUUUCCAGAGAUCGCACGUCCAAGGAGCGGUAAACCUCCGCGCCCCGGCUGCGUUCUUACGGCACGCUUCACUUGAUCUGAUUGAACAAGCCUUUGCCGAUGAUCAGAGCAGGAGAACAUUCUCUAACUGGCAGUUCGCCAAAUGUAUUGUCUUCUACUCUAGGGGGCUCGAAUCGACCUCCGACUGCCGAGCCGCAGAUGCUCUACUCCCGAGGUUCAGGGCCUGGGGCUGGGAUGGCGAGGUCUAUCUACUCAAGGGCCAUUACCGUGAAUUCGGCGCCUCCUUCAGCAAACACAUCGAGGGAACAAGGAUGACGGAAGAGGCUAAGGAGCACAUCGAAAACCUCCGUAAGAAGCCGGCCAGCAAGCAAGACAGGGCCAAAGCAGAUGCCUUCUAUAGGAACUGGCUUGCCGAGAGGCAAGCUGAGGAGCGCACUCUCGGCAGCGGUGGCUCUCCGACGGUGGAUGAUGAGAGGCGUGAUUCACUCGAGCGCCAAGAACAGAACCUCGACGAGGAGUUCCAGGCGAAGUUCCCCGACCUCUACCGCCAAGCGCAAGAGAUGUAUGAGCCAGGCGGCAUCAUGAUGAGGAGAUACCCUCAUCAGCAGGAGGUGCACCGCAAAGACGACUCGAUCAGCGAUGCCAAAGCCCAGAUGGUGGAGUAUCUCGACAGAGGAUUGACCAAGAUGCGCGAUGGCGGCAAGACGAUCCCCAGGCCGGCCACGACAGCGUCUGUUCCCAUGAGGGCUCCGGGCCGAUCAAAGCUGCAGGAUCUACAGUACUAUGACGGCAGCAGCGCGUUGCCUGCCGCUGGCGAUAACACCCGCAGAGAUCGGCGGUCCUCGGACGACUACGUCGAGAUCAAUAAAGGUGACGCCGGCGAGUCCAUUUUGGGGAAGGUGGGAUACUCCGGUGAGCCCGAGGGUGCCCUCACGGGUGAUCGUCCAAAGAGGGGACGCGGCGGUGGAGCUGGUGGAGGUAAUGGGGGCAUUCUUAACAGAGUGUGGAGAAGGGGGUGA